GUGGGCGCCGGCUCGCCCUCGGCGCGGCACUGGAAGCGCACGUCGUCGCCCGCGGCCGCCGUGACAUGCUGCAGCCGCCGCUCGCGGAUCUUGGGCUUGCGGCACACGAAGUACUCGAAGAGCACCGAGUCCGGCAGGUUGCGCAGCGCGUCGCCGCGGACCUCGGCUGGGGUGGCGCAGGCCGGCAGGCGGCCGUCGAAAUUGAGGGUCUUGCGGCGCUGCACGAUCCAGAGCAGGCGACAGUCGCAGGCCAGCGGGUUCCCAUCCACACGCAGCGUCUCCAGCGUGUUGACCGAGUGGAAAGUGCUCUCCUCCAGCGUGGACAGCAGGUUGUUAGAGAGGUUGAGCAGGCGGAUCUGCCGCAGCCCCAGGAAGGCCUGCGGCUCCACCACGGCCAGCAGGGCCCCAGCCAGGUGCAGCUCACGCAGGCGCACCAGGUCGCGGAAGGACCCUCGCGGCACCGUGCUGAUGGGGUUGUGCGAGAGAUUGAGGCAGGUGAGGUGGGCCUGGUGGCGCAGGGCGGCGGCCGGCACGGCGGUGAUGUUGGUGUGCGUGACGGACAGCGAGGUCAGGUUGAGCCCCCUCAGGCUGCCGGCGGCCACCUCCUCCAGCAGGGGCCAGUUGUCGAUCUCCAGGUGCAGCAGGCCCGGGAGCCGCUGGAAGUUCUGGUCCUCCAGGGCGGCGAUGGCCAGGUGCCGCAGCCGCAGGGCGCCCAGGCCCCGCAGGUGGCCCAGCGACUCGCCCGACAGCGCCGUCAGGUUGCAGCGCUCCAGGGUCAGCUCCUCAAGCGCCAGCAGCCCCGCGAAGGCCCGGCGCGAGAUGAACACCAGGUCGUUGUCGCCCAUCUCCAGCCGGCGGAGGCUGCGCAGGUCCUGGAAGGUGUAGUCCAGGAGGAUGACCAGCUUGUUCUCGCUCAGGUCCAGCAGCGUGAGGUUGUCCAGGCCCGGCUCGGCAAAGACCCAGGCUGUAGAUUCUCAUCUGCAAAACAGCGGUGUGGCCAGCUCCAGCCUUCCUGGGCCCUUUCGGGAAUUUUAAGUGAGCAUUAACACACACAGAGCCCUGAGUAACUUAAUGCCAGAGGUGAACCAUACGUCACUGGGGGGAGAGUUUGUAUUUUGCAGGUGUCAUCAAUUUAAGAUGAGGUCAUACUGGAGCAGGGUGGGCCCUGAUCCAAUGACUGGUGUCCUUAUAAAAGGGGAAAUUUUGAUGCAGACACUCAGGGAAGGUGGCCACGUGACAACAAAGGCAGAGACUGGAGUGAUGCAUCUAUAGGCCAAGGGACACCAAAGAGUGCCAGUAACCAUCAGAACCUGGAAAAAGCAGGCAAGGAUCCACGCCUAGAAUCUCUGGAGGAAGCACAGCCCUGCUGACACCUUGAUUUUGAACGUCUGGCCUCCAGAACAGAGAGAAGAACUUUCUGUUGUUUUAAGCCGCCAUGUUUGUGGUAUUUCAUCGUGGCAGCUACGAGACCUAACGGAAUAUCCACGGAUCCGUAAGAAAAACUCACACGUGGGAGCAGGGUGAACAAGGAGGUUUGCUGCAGGGUCGUUCGGAACCGCAAAAACUGGGACUCACCUAGAUAUCCAUCAAUAGGGGAUCAGAGGCAGGAGAGGGUCCUGGCAGUUCAUUCAGCUAGAAUUCAAAAUACGGCUCUGUUUUUGCUGGACCUGUUUUCAUCGUCACCUGCAGAGAUCCUGUAACAAACACUGGUCUCCUCUCAUUCGUUGAUUCCGUCCGUCAGUCAGUCAACAAACAUCUACUGUGCCAGGCAUUUUCCACGUGCUGAGGACACACAGUGCGUGAGACAAAGGGGUCAGCUUUCUUGGAGCCCACGGAUAAUAAAAGAGGUGGCCUGUGAGUACGGCAUGGUACACGUGGUGUCCGAGACCGGGGGCUCCAAAGGCAAAGACUACUGCAUCCUCUACAACCCGCAGUGGGCCCACCUGCCGCUCGACCUCAGCAAAGCAUCUCUUCUGCAGGUGCGGGACUGGACGACCUCCGUGCUCUGCUCUCCGGCCGACCUCCCUGCCAAAGGCUUCAGUAACCAGAUCCCCCUGGUGGCGCGGGGGAACUGCACCUUCUACGAGAAAGUGCGGCUGGCCCAGGGCAGCGGGGCGCGCGGGCUGCUCAUCAUCAGCAAGGAGACGCUGGUCCCCCCAGGAGGCAACAAGACGCAGUACGACGAGAUCGGCAUUCCCGUGGCCCUGCUCAGCUACAAAGACAUGCUGGACAUUUUCGAGACUUUCGGCCGGGUGGUACGGGCAGCACUGUACGCCCCCAAGGAGCCCAUGCUGGACUAUAACAUGGUCAUCAUCUUCAUCAUGGCUGUGGGCACCGUUGCCCUCGGGGGCUACUGGGCCGGGAGCCGGGACGUGAGGAAGAGGUACAUGAAACACAAGCGGGACGACGGGCCCGAGAAGCACGAGGACGAGGCUGUGGACGUGACGCCCGUCAUGAUCUGCGUGUUUGUGGUCAUGUGCUGCUCCAUGCUGGUGCUGCUCUACCACUUCUACGACCAGCUCGUCUACGUCAUCAUCGGCAUCUUCUGCCUGGCCUCCUCCACGGGCCUCUACAGCUGCCUGUCGCCGCUCCUCCAGAGGCUGCCGUUCUGCAGAUGCAGGGUCCCUGACAACAGCCUGCCCUACUUCCACAAGCGCCCUCAGGUCCGCAUGCUGCUCCUGGCGCUGCUGUGCGUGGCCGUCAGUGUGGUGUGGGGCGUCUUCCGGAACGAGGACCAGUGGGCUUGGAUCCUUCAGGACGCGCUGGGCAUUGCCUUCUGCCUCUACACCUUGAAAACCAUCCGCCUCCCCACGUUCAAGGCCUGUACGCUGCUGCUGCUGGUGCUGUUCAUCUACGACGUGUUCUUCGUGUUCAUCACGCCCUUCCUGACCAAGAGUGGGAACAGCAUCAUGGUGGAGGUGGCAACCGGGCCGUCAGACUCGGCCACCCACGAGAAGCUCCCCAUGGUGCUGAAGGUGCCCAGACUCAACGCCUCGCCGCUGGCCCUGUGUGACCGGCCCUUCUCCCUCCUGGGCUUCGGGGACAUCCUGGUCCCAGGGCUGCUCGUGGCCUACUGCCACCGCUUCGACAUCCAGGUGCAGUCCUCCAGGGUCUACUUCGUGGCCUGCACCAUCGCCUACGGCAUCGGUCUCCUGGUGACGUUCAUGGCGCUGGCCCUCAUGCAGCGCGGCCAGCCUGCCCUCCUCUACCUGGUGCCCUGCACGCUCGUCACCAGCUGCGCCCUGGCGCUCUGGCGCAGGGAGCUGGGCAUGUUCUGGACGGGCAGCGGCUUUGCGAAGGACCUACCUCAGUCGCCGUGGGCGCCAGCCUCUGCCGAGGGCCCGCAGCCCCAGGCGGACUCCGACGCAGCCCCCUCCCAGCAGCCUCCCGGCCAAGAAGCGGCCCCGUCCCCUCCGCCCGCGGAGCAGCCCCCAGAGUCGUCCGCGCCCGAGGAGAGCGGGGCCGGCGCGCCCCCCCAGAAGCCCGGGAGUCCGGCAGGCCUCGCCCCCGGCCCCUCGGCCUAGGGGAGGGCGCAGACUCGGCCCCCGCGCCCAGGGACUGGACCCGCGCGGCCCCCAACUUGGUGCUCUGGCCUGGCCGAUGCGCACGUCCUGCUCCAGCCCGGCCACACCCCGGACCCCAGCCCUGCUCCGAGCUCGCGUGG